AUGGAUACCCAAGGUUGCCUUCGGAAUAGAUGUUGCCUUCAGAAUAAAAGUUUCCUUUGGAUAAAUUGGUUGCCUUCGGAUAUGAUGAUGUUCACAGACAUCCUAGUUGCCUUCAGUUUUGUCAACACGCUUGACAUUUACCCCACAAGUUUAGGGGACACCCGGACCGUGAGAGCGAGGAAUGCGGAUCAAGUUGACCAAAUGUCUCCUGAGUCCAACAAUGAUUGCGGCUCGGGUGACCUUGUGUUUCCUGAGGCUUGUGAGGACGUGUCUCUUCUGUGGCACGAGGAAUUGACGAAAAAUAAAGGAAUUGACAAAUAA